AUGCAAUAUUGUACCUUAUUAACAUAUCUUAAUAAUUCUGUAUUUAGAUUAUGUCAAAAACUGCAGUCAAUAACUCUUCCUCCUAACCUGAGAGAAAUUGGGAGCGGAUGUUUUGAUUGGUGUGGUUUGACAUCAAUUACUUUGCCAAAUUCUGUAGUGAAGAUAAAUGGAUGGACUGGACAAGAUGGAGGUGCAUUUUCUGGAUCUCUUUCCUCUAUUACAAUUAAUCCUGAAUCUCAAUUAGAAAUAAUUGGAUCUAAUGCUUUCUCUGGUUCAAAAAUAACAUCCAUUUUCAUUCCAAAAAACGUUAAUUCAUUAUCAGGUACAUGCUUCUACAAAGUUUUUCUAGAUGAAAUACUAAUUGAUUCUGAGAAUUCCAACUUUAAAUCAGACAAAUUAUCAAUUUUUGGUGGAACAAAUAAUGAUACUUUAAUUUAUGUUACUUCUAAGUAUACAGGAAAUUAUGUAGUCCCAAGUUUUGUUCAAAAAAUUGACGUUUCUUGCUUUGCAGGUUGUAGAUUAUCCAACAUUACUUUUCAUGAAAAUGUUUCUUCAAUUGGAUCAUAUUGUUUCGUAGAAUCAAAACUUGUUGAUGUUGUUCUUCCAGAAAAAGUUGUAAUAGUUAGAGAUAGUUUAUUUAAAGAUUGUCAACAGUUACAAAGUAUUACAUUAUCUAAUUCGACAACAACAAUUUACAGCAAUGCAUUUUAUAAUUGCAUUUCUCUUACUAAAAUUGUGUUUCCUUCAACUCUAACCAAUAUAUGGUUGAUUGUAUUCAGUAUUUGUCAUAUCUGGAUAAUUUUCAUUUGUAAUACAAUUUACAUAAUGAUAUUUGUUUGUUCCAAUUUGCCAAAUUGGUUUAUUAUAAAUGUUUAA